UAAACAUUACAAAUAGUAUGCAGGGUCAUUCAUGCCUUUUCUUUUUAAAGCUCAAGCACAUUUUCACUUUGAGGUGGAACUACACAUAUGUCUGUUUCAUUCAUUUAUUCUUUCAACAAUGAUGGAUGGUUAACAGAUCUGACGCCUGGUGGCAGUGUCUCACCGGACAAAUGAACCCUUGUGCCAUGUUAAAUGUUCCUGUGAUUAUAGUGAUAAACUGUUAAAUAACAUAUUGACUGUUCACUGUUUCCUUGAGCCUGACUGACGUGUUUUUAAAUGUGCAAUUAGUUGCCAACAUGUUUUAUAUCAGACUACAAAAAUAAUCAACCAUCCAUUUAUUAAUUUUGGUGUAGUUCUGUAUGUAAAUGGGCAAAUAGGUUAGUUCACUAAUAUUAAUUGUGUCAUUUGACAAAGAAGAAACGAGUGAAAGCUGCAUUAGAAACCAAACGUUGCUCUCUCUCUCCAGAAUCCACGUGUAAAAAAAAGAAGGAGAAGGAAAACAGACAAAAACAGAGUUGAGGUUUUUAAAGUUUACUCGGAUCCACUCAGUCCUCGGUGCCAGAGCUGAAGUGACCGGACAGACUCGUGUCAGACUCGGUUUCAUGCUCACGGACAAGUGACGCAUUUUCCAUCACCGGUAUAAAUACUCAGCAUCAUUCUCCACCAGCAGCCGACACUCGCAGUCCCGUCCCUCGCCGCAGCUCCACUCUCCACCAUGCGCUCCACAGAGAGCCGCGGGGCCGUGCGCGCCGGGCUGCCCAGCGACUAACCGGAGCUCUCCGCACGCACCGAGCUCAGCCGCGAUGGAGAGCGCGAACAACUCGACAGCCUGGUCACAGCUGGACAACUUCUCCAACAACACCCCCGAAGAACCCGAGGAGGAGGAGGAGGUGAAGCUGAGCUACCAGGUGCUCACAUCCUUCCUGCUCGUCGCGCUCAUCCUGUGCGCAAUCUUUGGGAACGCGUGCGUGGUGGCAGCCAUCGCCUUGGAGCGAUCUCUGCAGAACGUGGCCAACUACCUGAUCGGUUCUCUGGCCGUCACCGACCUGAUGGUGUCGGUGCUGGUGCUGCCCAUGGCGGCGCUGUACCAGGUGUUGAACCGGUGGACUCUCGGGCAGGUGCCGUGCGACAUCUUCAUCUCUCUGGAUAUGUUGUGCUGCACCUCGUCCAUCCUGCACCUGUGCGCCAUCGCCCUGGACCGAUACUGGGCCAUAACGGAGCCCAUAGAAUACAUGAAGAAGAGGACGCCGAGGAGAGCCGCGGUCCUCAUCAGCGUCACCUGGAUCGUCGGCUUCUCCAUCUCUGUGCCACCGAUGCUGAUCAUGAGCUCCCAGCCCAACAACACGCCGGGGCCGGACAGGGCGAGCACCAAGCAGUGUGAGAUCCGACAGGACCCCUGGUACACGAUAUACUCCACAUUCGGGGCUUUUUACAUCCCUCUGACGCUGAUGCUGGUUUUAUACGGGCGAAUAUUCAAAGCUGCCAGGUUUCGCAUCAGGAAGACGGUGCGUAAAACGGAGAAAAAGAAAGUGUCCGACUCCUGCCUGGCGCUCUCUCCUGCGCUCUUCCACAAAAAGACUCCGCGCGACGCGCAAAGCAAGAGCUGGAAGAGGAGCGUGGAGCCGCGGCCGCUGCCGAGCGUCAACGGCGCCGUGAAACACGCCGAGGACGGAGAGUCUCUGGAGAUCAUCGAGGUGCACAGCAACUCCAAGAGCAACCUGCCGCUGCCCGACACCCCGAGCACCGCGCCGCUGUUCGAGAGCAGGCACGAGAAGGCCACCGAGGCGAAGCGCAAGAUCGCGAUGGCACGCGAGCGCAAGACGGUGAAGACCCUGGGCAUCAUCAUGGGCACCUUCAUCCUCUGCUGGCUGCCCUUCUUCAUCGUCGCCCUGGUCAAGCCCUUCUGCCGGGACGCGUGCUACAUGCCCCGCUGGCUGGAGGAUGUCAUCAACUGGCUGGGCUACUCCAACUCUCUGCUCAACCCCAUCAUUUACGCAUACUUCAACAAAGACUUCCAGAGCGCGUUCAAGAAAAUCAUCAAGUGUCAUUUCUGCAGACCGUGAGGUUUUCAUCGAGGUGAAUAAUCAUGAGACUUUAAAGAGACUGUUCUGAACAAUGAAUCUGAGGCAGAGCGGUUCAUGAAGAUGA